AUGAAAACGAAACAAAUCAAAGAGAAUCUUGAGAAGUAUGAGCAAUUAUUCGGAGCUGAUGAGGAUGCUUUUGUUAAACCUACAACAACGAGGAAAGAACUGUGGUCCUAUUACUUAUACUACAAUGGCGAUAACGGCGUUGGUCCAGGAUCAUACUCACAGAGCCUUUUUCAAUCUGCUCUCACAGCAGCAGGAUGGGACCCAGCAGUGAGCCCCAUCGAGAAAGGAAAUUGUGGGAAUGCAGGGUGUGUAGUUUCAUGGGGUUCGGGGACGCGGUCUGUCUCCAGUGUGGUGCUUAUCGCCAAUGGAAUCUGCUUUGCUAUCAUGACUGUCAUGUUCGUGGGCCUUGGUUCCGCUGCAGAUUACGGAAGUUUCGGCCGAUGGCUCUUGCUCUUCCUCACAGUUGUCUGCUGGGUUUUCCAGUACUGCAUGAUGGCUAUUAGACACCCGAGCCAGUGGCCUGCUGCAAUGGUGCUCUAUAUCAUAUCCUAUAUCGGAUAUGGAGCGACCUUGGUCUUCUAUGCGGCCCUCUUCCCAAGACUGGCGCGGUAUAUGCCCCACGUACGAAAGGCCCGGGAAGAAGAUCUGAAAGACGGGAAGAUAGACCAAGCAGAAUACGAUAGGAUCGAGAGUAUGGAGCGAAACCACAUCAGCAACAUUUCAACGGCGCAUUCAAAUAUUGGAUACCUACUCACCCUUGUUCUCAAUCUGUCUGUUCUUCUACCGCUUCAAGGAAACUCCUUUGGAAACAACCUUGCCCUAUGCUUAACCAACACUUAUUGGGUUGUCCUCGGAAUCUGGUGGUUUCUCUUCCAGCAACCUCGCCCGGGACCCAAGAUGCCAAAAGGCAGCAACUAUGCUACUAUUGGCUGGAAACAAGUCCUUCUCGCACUCAAAGAAAUUAGGCACCUUCCCCAGACAUUCUUAUAUCUCGUCUCAUUUUUCCUUCUCGCAGAUGGACUCAAUACCACUGGGACACUCGUCUCUAUCAUCCAAAACAACGUCGUAUCCUUCUCAUUCCUCGAAAUCACCUAUCUCGGUCUCGCCCAGGCGGGAUGCUCCAUCUUUUCCACCUUUGGGUUUUGGUACUUCCAGAAGUACUUCGGGAUCAAAACGAAAUAUAUGUUCAUGGUGACCAAUGCAUUCAGCGUUUUCAUACCAUUCUAUGGAAUGUUGGGUCUCUGGACGCAAAGAGUGGGAUACCACCAUGUCAGAGAUUUCUGGAUUUAUAAUGUUCUCUUCGGCCUGUUCCAAGCGCCGUACUACGCCUAUGCUCAGACCAUGAUGUCUGAAGUGACGCCGAGAGGGUAUGAGAACAUGUUUUUCGGCCUGUUUGGGAUCACGAAUCGUGCUUCGAGCAUCAUCGGACCGAAUGUUGUCCAAGCGAUCAUUAAUUCAACUAAUAAUAAUUGGAUGGGAUUCCCGUUCCUCUUCGCGCUUUGCUCCUGCGCGAGUAUUGUAAUCUGGUUUGUAGAUAUAGAAAAGGGCCGAGAAAACUGCAGGGUAUAUGUUGAAGAAAGAAAGUUGAUCAGAGUAGCGAAAGAGUCUGGUUUAACAGCAGAUGAGGUUAUUGAAGGCGUUGCAACUGGGAACCUGAGUAGUGGGAACGACGGUAUUGAAGUUUUUAGGGUGCAGAGUUCGAAAGUGGAUCAUACUAGUUGA